CCUCGUCGUGCCCUCGCCCACAAUAAACCGGUUUGGAUUACAAAAGUGUGUGUAAAGUGGCUUUUUAUGUGAGAGGAGACGACGAGGAAAGACUAAGGGCCACCUUUUUAUAUUUACAUAAAAUAUUAAAAGCAAGCAAAAUGUGAGACCAUAACAUACAACUGAAAUAUGCCACACAUUCUAAGUGUUGCGUAGCCGAAACGCACUAACAUGUGCGAGCAUUUUAUGAAAAGGAAUGACAGAAAAACUCGAUUUGAGUUGCUGCACUCUAUUUGCUCGUGUGAAUGCACAGAGCGACACCAAAAGAGAAUUUUCCGAUAAUGAGGGUCAAAAGAGUCACAAUGUAAGCACAGUAUUAUACCAUGGGUAUUAUCCGUGUUCGUCACAAUACUUAAGAAAUAAUUGUGAAGGCCCAGUUUUUUAAAUGCUAAGGUUGACUAAAUAUUGGGCGUAUACCAACAUUUUCUGCUAUAGGUAUAGUCAACAAUCAAGUGUUUAUAUGAAGUACUUAAAUGUGGCCGAGAAAAACGAUGCUGCAAAAACAAUCGCAGGUCUUUUGUCAAAUGGAGCCACAAUUAGACGAGAAGGAUAUUCAGUUUAUAACAAAAUCUAUGAUUUCGAAACGGAAGUAAAUGAAAGAAAGAGUAAAAUGGUAAUGACCUCGGUGUCGGGUCAUCUAUUGAAAUUAGAGUUUGUUGGAGUAUAUCGUCGAUGGAAUGAAGUAGAUCCUCAAGUGUUAUUUACAGCACCAGUACAAAAAACAUGCCAUGAGAAUUACCAACCAAUUUUGAGAACAUUAGAAAGAGAAGUUCGUAGCUGCAAUGGACUCAUUAUUUGGACGGAUUGUGAUAGGGAAGGAGAAAAUAUAGGAUAUGAAAUAAUAGACGUGUGUCGCAAGGUGAAACCAAACAUCAAAGUAUACAGAUCAAUUUUCUCAGAAAUUACCAAGGCUUCUGUUCGCCGUGCUCUUCGCGAAUUAAAAGAACCUAAUAAGAGAUUAAGUGACGCUGUUGAUGUAAGAACGGAGCUUGAUCUUAGAACAGGAGCAGCAAUAACAAGAUUUCAGACUAUGAGACUACAACGUUUAUUCCCUGAAAAAAUUGCUGAUAAGCUAAUAUCUUAUGGAAGUUGUCAGAUACCUACGUUAGGUUUUGUCGCGGAGAGGUAUAAAGAAAUAGAAGCCUUUGUUUCAGAACCAUUUUGGAAAUUAAAAGGGAAGGAGCACGCCGGUGUUAGAGCGACCAGGGUUAUUUUAUUGAAGUGCGGCCGGAGGCCGCCAGUGCGGAAAUAGUACGACGAACCCCUCUAUACGUCCAUACCUUCAGAUUACGGCGCAAAAGAAAUUGUGACUAUUACAUUUCUUCAGUAUUUUUUUUUCACAAACAUACACUGGGCAAAAGAAGUCUACAAGUUUUACAUACGAUCGGCGACCUCACAGUAGACUUUCUUUGGGCGCGAAAUAGAUUGUUUGAUAAACUAGCUUGUGAAGAUUACCUGUUACUUUGUUUAGCUGAUCCGAAAGCGAAAGUUGAAGAUGUAAUAACUAAAAGCAAACAUAAAUGGCGACCAACUCCAUUGGACACCGUAGAGAUGGAAAAACUGAGUUCGCGUAAACUUAAAAUUUCAGCUAAAGAAACAAUGACCAUAGCAGAAAAACUGUACACCAAGGGUAUAAUUAGUUAUCCACGCACUGAAACUAAUCAAUUUUCGAAGGAUAUAGAUUUACCUUCUUUGAUAGAACAGUUCACAGCACACCCAAACUGGGGAACGUUUGCACAACGUGUAAACGAAUGGGGGGCGAAUCCACGAAAUGGCAACAAAAGUGAUCAGGCUCAUCCACCGAUUCAUCCUACAAAGCUAGUAACAGACCUACACGGUAAUGAUUCACGAGUAUACGAGUUAAUAUGUCGACAUUUUCUGGCUUGUGUCAGUAAAGAUGCAGUUGGUUCGGAAACUAUCAUUAAUAUCAAUAUAGCCGGUGAAAAGUUUACGGCGACUGGUCUCUGCAUUCACGAACGAAACUACUUAGACAUAUAUAUUUACGAAAAAUGGAAUGCAAAACAAAUACACAAAUAUGAACGAGGACAAUUAUUUGAACCCACUGAAAUAUCAAUGCAAGAAGGAGCCACUACUGCUCCUCCACUAUUGACAGAGGCUGAUUUAAUUGUUUUAAUGGAAAAACAUGGCAUUGGAACUGAUGCCACUCAUGCUGAACAUAUAAAUACAAUCAAAGAAAGAGGAUACAUUGGUGUGGUAGAUAAAGGGUGUCUUGUUCCAGGCUUAAUAGGAAUGGGUUUAUAUGAAGGAUAUGAUGCCAUGAAUUUAACAUUAGCAAAACCCAUGUUAAGAGCAGAGUUUGAGUCAGACUUAAAAGAUAUCUGCACAGGAAAAAAGGAUCCUAAGGUGGUCUUGAAUGAACAAAUUCAAAAGUAUCUCGAAGCAUACACACAAAUAACAGAAAAAGUAACUGCUAUGGACAAUAAAAUUGGUUUGCGAAUAAAUGAAAAUCCUACAACAACGGGCAAUCGCAGGGAUGAAAACGUGGAAAAUCAAAAUAUCACGAAUAAUUCCAUAACAGAAUUGUUUCAAUGUCCGAAAUGUUCCAUAGCACCAUUGACUUUACGACAAAAAAACAGUAAUAAGGAACAUUACGUUGGCUGUAUGAAUUUUCCUGAUUGUAAGAAUGCUAUUUGGUUACCAGUAGAAUGUUUAGAACCAAGAAUUUUACCAGAAACUUGUCAGCGUUGUGGUCCAAAUGUAAAACUGAUAAAAUUUAAAUUUAAUUCUUUAUACUAUAAAAAUAUAUUUAAUGCACCUUCUGGUUGGUAUACUUCAUGUUUGCGUUGUGAUCAACAACUCCGUGAUUUGUUUAAUAUUAAUCUAGAACAAGUAAAGAGUGCUGGUGACAUUGUGGGAAUUAUUGAUGAUACUAUAACAUCUGCUGGUGUAGCUCCAUUGGUCUCUCUUAGAAAUUUCAAUUCCACUAGAGCGCUAGAAAGCUCAGCAAAUAUUCAGAAAAAGCGAAAUAUGGGUGAAUCAAAAUUAGUAUCUGAAACUAAAAAUGACCAAAAAAAUAAAAACACGAAAACUCAAAGUACAAAUAAAAACAUUAGUUCGUUUUUUACAUCCGCAUUAAAUAAUGAACAACAAAAAAGUCCUGAACGAUUUGAUAAUUCAGCAGUUAGGGAUGUAGUUUUGGAUGAGUUUUUUAACAGUGAUGAUGAUUUCGAUGAAAUUAUAUCUAAAGUUGUUAUACAAAACGAAAAUUUAGCUGAUAUGCAGGCUUCCCGCAGUGAUAGCUUGUUUACCCAAAAGGAGGAUUUUGUUCCCACAGAAAACUGUCCGACUAAAACACCUUGUGUAGAAAAUCUGGAUUUAAAUUAUGACGACACUUUUCCUGAUUUAAAAGAUUUUCCAUGGGGAACGGGCAAGCAUAAACCAAGCACGUUUUUAAAUCAGAAUUCUUUAGAUACUGCUCAUACGCAAAUUAAAGAAAAAGAGGGAGUACAAUCUAUAGAAACUGUCCACUUUAACUGGAGUAGCAAAUUACAGCGUAAUAUUCGACCCACAAUAAGCAUCCAAUGCACAGGAUGCCAUCAACAAGCAAAACAAUGUACUGUUAAAAAAGAAGGACCGAAUAAGGGCAAGUUAUUUUACGUAUGUGCCAAAGCAAAACCAUGUAAUUUCUUUCAAUGGGUGGACGACGUUGACGUUGCAAGACAUACGGGCCUUAAUGAAGAUAAUUCGCUGCCGCAGUGUCCUUUGCAAACCGACAGUGUCAAAUGUAAUUGUGGAAUAGCUGCUAGCUCGUUAAUCGUGCGUAAAGAGGGUCCCAACAAGUUUCGCCAAUUCUAUACAUGCUCUAAGCGAGAUGCUUCGUGUGGAUUUUUCAAAUGGAAAGACGAAGCUUUAAGUCAAGGCGCUGCGUCCAGUAUCAGUCAAGGUGAUCAGAGUUCAAGUAACAGAAAGCAUGCUUCGAAAGAUUCUGCCCCAAAACGGAAAUGCGGUUUGUGUCGUCAGGAGGGUCAUACUCGCUUAAAGUGUCCUCGAAAAUCUGAGCUUAAAAUUAAGUAGUUUAUAUUCGUAAAUAUAUAUAUUUCCUUGAUUGGUAUUAAAAUCUGGUGCUAUUUUUUAUCUUGUUAUA